AUGAGUGAAGGUUUCCAGAUGAUUUGCCUCUAUUUCCUCUUACAUCUUUUACUACCUAUCUGCAUGGCGAAGGUUUGCUUCUCGGAUUCUUCCUGUCCAUCAGGAAUGCGGUGUACUCCAGCUACGACUGGCUACAGUAUUUGCACGAAAUUUGGUAAAGAUGUCGAGCAGAAGUACCCUAGUCCACCCUCGUUCUACUGCAAUACCAACCGAGACUGUGCUCGGACACAGCUGGCAGUGAAGGACUGCCAUGCAAUCGGAACUCAGACUGCAACGGCGGUUUGCAAUGCGUUGACUACCAUGGCCGAUGGAUGUGUUUGGAAAAUUGGUGACACGGUGGAAUGCUCAGCAACGAUCGCUUGUCCUAGUGAAAAGAAGUGCAUCUAUAGUGAAUCGAAGAAGAAAAACAUUUGCGUUGAGGCGAUGGAAGUUUCACAGCCACAAGAACUAAAAAGCGAGAGCUCCUCGGCAGCUUCUGGAUGGCCAAGCAGAGACGAAAUAAAACUCCGUUUGAUUUCAAUGAAGGAUGAUGAAGAUAGCAGUGCUUCGAAA